AUGGAGGAAACACACAGCACGACAACACCCUCCUGCGUGCCACUCCUUCAGGGUAUUCGCGCCUCCAAAUCCGUUGAUAGUCCUCCUAUCGAAAGCAAAGACGUUAGUUACCAAGUCAGCGCCACUGGAGUUAACACAACUGUCAACUUCACGGAAGUUUCAGAUUACCUGCAGUCAAAAUAUGCUCAAUUUCACGUGGACCUCCUCGCAUGCUAUCAAUUUCUAGAGCAAGAAAAUGUCAAACUCCUUCAACUUAUUCGUAAAAAUCAGAGACCAAAUUCGCCUCCACGUCGCAUCGAAAAACUACUAAACGAGUUCUCCUUCAAGAUCGCCACGGCCAAGGAUGUGCAUGAGCGACAGACAAUUGAAGAAGGCAGCGUAGAAGGUCGUCAGGCUUUUUUAGCAAAACGUUGGAAGGGUCGCUACUAUGCUCUGCUAGAACUGACAGAAUGCUAUCUCAACUUGCUCAAAAUGAGGUCAGUUCUUGAAAAGGAGGUGUCCAAGAGCAACGAGAAGGCAAGCGAGCUGAAGCGUUUGAAUGAGUUUAUUCUCAAUUUAGAAGGUAUCGUAGGGCCAUGGAUUGUUGAUAAAAAUAAAACAAAAACUGAUAGUGAUGUGCCACUGAAGGACCUAAGCUGUGGUGAGCCGGUGUUUAGCAAGGCUUGCAGUUAUAGCGAGUAUGCGGCAAACGACCUUGUUGUUCCACUCUCUAGCGUUUUUCUCGUGGAUGUGCUUUCAAAUCACAAACUUUGUACCCAGAACAUAAAACAGCUUUUGGAAUUAAAACCACAAAUACUUCACGUUUUCCACAAGGAGAAGGAGAGACGUGACCAACUAAAAAGACAAUGUGGCCACCUAAAGGAUGAGCUUAAUGCACUGAGGAGGCACUACGCGGCUGCGUGUAUGCAGCUGAAAAACCUAGGGAGCACCCAGGAUGAUGAUACUCAGACAGCAAUCUCAAUUGCGGAACUUGCAGUACGGGGGGAGGAGGAAGGGGAGGAAGUAGAAGAUGAAGAAGAGGAAGAAAGUCAAAUGGAGGCUGACGAAGUGACAGAGACAACGCCUGGAGCGCAAAAGCUUGUUAAGGAUAAGAAGAAGCUGAGCGGUCAAAUACGUGAGCUUCAAAGUGCUCUGAAGGAGGAGGAGAUACAGCUGGCUUUGGUUAUGAAGCGCCUCCAGCGGGUGACUGGUACAGUUCAUGCGUUCGUUCGGCUUCUUAAUGGUAAACAAGAAGCCUCUCACAUUCAAUUGAUCUCUCACAAUAAACUUCUGGUCAACUUUAAGGACUGUUUCAUUCUUGAUGGAAUAUGCAAAGCUGAGGAUGGAAACGGCGCGUUGUAUGGUGAUUUGAGUGGACUUGUGUUGGACUGUUUACACGAUGGUCCCGUAACAAUUGUCACUCUCGGACCGAGUGCGGAAGACUUACUCCUGUCGCACACUGAGGGGUUGGCUUUGCUUGAAGUUGGACAUCUCAUUGGCCACUUUGAAACCUUAGCUGAGACAGAAUUCUACCUCUAUGCUUUUGCAAUUUCAUGCACUAACAGCUGCAUGAUAGACCUCAUUGAGGAACACCCUGCAGCCGGGCCCAUCAUCUGCGAGCACGCUGACCCAGAUUUUAUGGGAAGGAGCAAGUGCUGUGUGCGGAUUGAGAAUGCUGAUGGUUUUGUAAGUUUUUUGCGUUGGUUAAAUGAAAAUAAGGACACAAGCGGGAGGGGCCAAGUUGCCCUAUUCCUGCGGUUGGUGGGACAAGAUCGAAUUCAAAAGACCCUUACGCACACCUCGUGGCUCUGCUUCUAUCCCCUCUUUUCUUCUGUUGAAAGAGACGCAAUGGCUGGUCUUUUCCGGGCCCUCCAAAAGAGGGCUAGACCAAAUGUUGCUGAGACCUCUUUCACACGGAUGAUACAGAAGUCCCUGAUUGGAAGGACCAGAACCAUCAUUGUCCUAAAUGUCGAUUUUGAUUUCGAACAAACGUCGGAAACUAUUGCAAAUCUAACCUUUGCCAAUGAUGCAGUUAAAGCUACAACUGAAUCUGCCAAUCAACUGGUAGCAAAAUUUUUUCCGCAUGUUUAG